GCCCCUCCUUCUUUGGCACUUUGCACAGAGCAAGUCUGAAACUGCAAGUGGCUGGGGAGAGGAAGCAGCGCAGUGAUGAUGGUGACUGUGGAACAGACUGGUCAGGGAUGGGAACCAGCUGGCAUCCAGCCCAACACAGGGAUGCACAAGGCCUGAGGCCCUGACACGAGGGAAAGAGGUCUGGCUUAAAGGCAAUGGCUGCCUUAGUGAGGACAUAUCCAGCUGCCAUGUUGACACCAACCCCUGCUUCUCAGAUGACAGGAAAUGCCACCGAGGAGAAAUGUGUCUUCAAUGAAGAGUUUAAGUUCAUCCUGCUGCCCGUGUCAUAUGGGAUUGUGUGUGUGGUAGGGCUGCUGCUCAACUCCUGGGCCCUGUGGAUGUUCAUCUUCAAGAUGAGGCCAUGGAAUACCACCACCAUCUACAUGUGCAACCUGGCCAUCUCGGACACCCUCUAUGUGCUCUCCCUCCCCACCCUGGUCUAUUACUAUGCUGAUCGUAACAACUGGCCCUUUGGGGAGGCACUCUGCAAGAUUGUGCGCUUCCUCUUCUAUGCUAACCUCUACUGUAGCAUCCUCUUCCUCACCUGCAUCAGCCUGCACCGCUAUGUGGGGAUCUGCCACCCCAUCCGUUCACUGAAGUGGGGGAAGACAAAGUAUGCAUACUGGGUCUGUGUGGGUGUGUGGUUUGUUGUUACCAUCUGCCUCAUCCCCAACCUGGUCUUUGUCACCAUCAGCACCAGGGGCAACAGCACCCUCUGCCAUGACACCACCAAGCCCGAGGAAUUUGACCACUACGUACACUACAGUUCCUCAGUGAUGGUCCUCCUCUUUGGCUUUCCCUUCCUGGUGAUUGUUGUGUGCUACUGCUUGAUGGCCAAGAAGCUCUGUAAAACCAACUUCUCCUACAUGAACAAGACCUUACCCUCAUACAGGAAGCGCUCCAUCAAAAUGAUCAUCAUUGUGCUCUCAGUCUUUGCACUUUGCUUUGUUCCAUUUCACAUCACAAGGACACUCUACUACACUUCCCGACUCUUCCAAGCCAACUGCAAGACCCUCAACAUUGUCAACUUCACCUACAAGAUCACACGACCCCUGGCCAGCAUCAACAGCUGCAUAGACCCCAUCCUGUACUUCAUGACUGGGGAUAAGUACAGGGGAAGGCUGCGUCGGGCUUUAGCCAAAAGAACCAAACCCAACCUGCCAUCUGUUUUGAACCAGGUAUCCAAACACAAGGAAAAUGGCUCAUCCAGCACCACAAAUAAUACCUGAGAAAAGUGGGUGAAUGGGAGAUACUGGAAGCAGAAAGGUAUUGGAAAGGUGGGCCCAGAUGAACCAGAGUGCUCCUAGUUUGGAAUAGAGGCCUGGUAUUAGGAAAACCAGAAUAACUAGAUAGUGUCACUGUAGAACAGAGGCCUCCUUCACUCAUGUUCUCUUUUGAGGUAUAUCCACAUGUCCUGUGUCUGCCUCUGCCAUUGUCAUUCUGGCACCAGGCUUAAGCUCUGGCUGUUUUUGAUCUUCGUUUACACCCUCACUCCCUGAGUGUACCCAACUUCUCAGGACAGACCCCUACCUCAGAUGUUCUGAGAAGAGCCACAGGCUUCUCAGCAAAGCCUGGGAGGGCUCCACAGGUCAAUGCCUAAUGGAAGAUAGGGAG